CCCGUGGUCGAACCCAGAUGAUGGAAGUUGACGAGUAAAAGUUCUAAAACCAACUAUUUCUAAAUUGCCUGGGGCCGGUCAGCUUAAUGAUGAUAUCUCAAGGCUGUCGGCCGUGGUUCUUGGUAGGACGAGACGUCGAGACGUUUCUGGUGCCACAACAUGACGAACAGGAGGAGGAGGAGGAGGAGGAGGAGGAGGAGGAGGAGGAGGCGGCCAAGGUGCAAGGUGGACACGAUGACGAAGAGGCCGAGGAGGAAGAGGCCAGGUGGAGGAGGAAGAGGGAGGGGAGGAAGAGGGAGAUGGCGCCCGCUUACCUCGACUUUCCCCAGAGGGGACGUGGACCCCGUCGGGUGGCGCAUCCUGGAUUGACCACGCACUGCUGCGGAGGUGUGAGCAAGCUCUCCAACAUUGUCGUCAACGCUGCUUGGGUGUCACGGUGGAUAGAACUGCGACUGCGUGACAAGCUGGACUACUCGCCUGUUGACAUUGUGAAAGACAUUUACCGACAGCAUGGAAUGGCUAUCAAGUACAGGCUUGCAUGGUCUGCGAAAGAAGUGGCGAAGGCCAUAAUUGUCGGGAUGGAUGACGACGGGUUUCGCAAUCUACGGAUGUAUUGUGACGAGGUUCAACAUUCAAACCCGGGGAGCCGCGCUUUUGUGCAAACGGAGGACGGAUGUCAGCGCUUCAAGCGCAUGUUUUAUGCACUGGAGGCAUGUGUAACUGGUUUCAUGCACUGUCGCCCGCUCCUCGACCUUGACGACACUUUCUUGAAGACAAGAUACAAAGACAUUCCCUUAAGUGCAACUAGUGUGGAUGCUGAGGGUCACCUUUUCCCAGUAGCGUUCGCUAUCGUGCCUGGUGAGGACAGCGAUAACUGGUUCUGGUUCCUCCCCCAUCUCAGUGCGACCAUCCAGUCACGGGCCGCCAACGAUGAGAUUAUAUCCUUCUUGUCCGAUCGAGAGAAGGGUCUCAUCAACGAGGUGACCGAUGUUUUUCCACGCUCUCCACAUGGAUAUUGCAUGCGUCAUCUAAGUGAGAACUUCAAGAAACGGAACAAGGGGUCCAAGUACUAUAAGUUGUUGUGGGCAGCAUGAAAGGCGAACACUAUUGCGAAGUUUGACAAUU